AUGAAUUAUUAAAAAAUAGAAGGUGCUGAAGAGAUAGAAGAAUUUAAUUUUGUGGAAGUGAAAAAAAAAAUAAAGAAGAUAAAGAAAAUAAUAGUUGAGCCAAAAGUGACAUAAGCUGUAUAAAAUUCUGAGACGGUAGGUCCUGAUGCAACAAAACCCUAAUAAACAAUAUUGGAUAUAAUAUUGGAUAAUUUACCUUAGAGUGAGUUAUAUGAGAGAUCAUUAAUGCAUAGAGAAAAUAUAAAUAUGGUAUUGUCAGCAUUUAAAUCACAUAUAAUAAUAACAGUAUCAACAGAUGGACAUAUAAAGAUGUGGAGAAAAGUAUUUAGAUUGGUUGAAUUCAUAAAACAUUUUAGAGCACAUACAGGAAUAGUCACUUGUGCUACAUUGACUGAUGGACAUGAUAAGAUGGCAAGUGUAUCUCCUGCAGAUAGAACUAUUAAAAUAUUUGAUAUACUGAAUUAGGAUUUAUUAGAUAUGAUAAAACUUCCAUUUUAACCUUAUGGAUGUGAAUUUGUAGAUACAGCGGAUGUACAAUAAUAAUUAUUAUUAAUCAGCGAUGGUAAUAGUGGAGAUAUUUAUGUUACUGAAAGUGGUAAAAUUAUGAGAAUGGUAAAAUUACAUAGUUAACCUGUUAAAUAAAUGAAAUACUUAAGCAAUUAUUAAUUUAUGUUUACUAUAGAUACAAGUGGAAGAAUUGAAAUUUGGGAUCCUAUUACUUAAGAUUUCCCAAAAUAAGUUUAUGCUAAGCCUUAAUUUAAAAUUCAAUUCUCAAGUAAGGUUGGUACUGAUUUAUAUGAAUUAAUGCAACAUAAAUUAUAAUGUUUUGGAAUGUGUAUGAGUAAUAUGUAGAAAUUAAUUGUUUUGUAUGUUUCUGAUAAAAAAUUAAGAGUAUUUAACAUACAAUCAGGAAAGAUUAUUCUAACUCUUGAUGAAUCUAUUGAAGCAAUAACAAAUAGAUAGAAUGAUUAAGCAUCAUAUCCAUUAUUACAUAUUGAAUAAUAAGAUUUUGAAAGAAGAUUAUUAAUUGAAAAAGAUAUCGAUAAACAACCAGAAUAAUUAAAGUAAAUUACAAUGUGUUUUGAUGAAACUGAUCAAAUAUUAAUUUAUCCUACUUUUAUUGGCAUUAAGUUUAUUUAUAUUAAAACUGGAGAACUUGUAAAGCUUUUAGGGAAAAUGGAAAGUAGUCAAAGAUUUAUGAGAGUUGCACUAUAUUAAGGACCUUCUAUGAAAAAUACUUAAAAUGAACAAUCUCAUAGUUCUUUAAAUAGAAAAGAAACUGAUCCCACUUUAUAUAUAAGCGCUCAUAAAUCAAAUAAGUUUUAUGUAUUUUCUCGUAGAAUUCCUGAAGAUUUAGCUGAUAAACCAUGGACUGUAGCUAGAGAUGUUUUAAAUGAACCACUUAAUCUUAUUUAAUAAAGUAUAAGUGUAAUGUCUGAUAAUAAAAAUAAAGUAUAUUAUUUAUUAUUAUACAUUUAAGACUUUAUCUGGAUGCUAAGCUAUUAUAUAAACUACUUUUGGUGAAAUCUAUAUAAAUUUAUUUCCAAAUGAGACACCAAAGACAGUUGAAAAUUUUAUCUAGCAUUCUAAAAAUGGUUAUUAUGAUGGAUUAAUAUUUCAUCGUGUUUAAUAAGGAUUUAUGAUAUAGACAGGUUGUCCUAAGGGAAAUGGAACAGGAGGAGAAUCUAUUUGGGGAGGAGAAUUUUAAGAUGAAUUUCAUCCAGAAUUAAGACAUGAUAAACCAUUCACUGUUAGUAUGGCUAAUGCAGGUCCAAAUAGUAAUACAAGUUAAUUUUUUAUAACUGUUUGUCCUACACCUUGGUUAGAUGAUAAAGUAUUAAAAAAUAAUAUUAAUUUAAUAGCAUACUAUUUUUGGUAGAGUUUAUAAAGGAAUGAAUAUUGUAGUAUAGAUAAGUGAAGUUGAAACAGAUGAUUUCGAUAAACCACUUAAUGAUAUCAAAAUUAUAGCUAUUAAGAUUUUAUGA